UUGUUCGGAAAACGUAGGCGACGCCAUCGUUCGUGCUGCUCUGACGAAGGCGCCCUCGAUUGCUUUUGUUUCACGGCUUUUCUCGCCACCGUCUGCAAGCUUGAAGCAGAGUUGCACCCGUAAUCAGGGACGCGGUUCGACCGCGCACCGAGACUUCGCACCAUGAGUUACGGCCGGGCCCCACCGACGAUCGACGGGAUGUCCUCCCUGAAGGUCGACAACCUGACGUACCGCACCACGCCGGAGGACCUCAAGCGCGUGUUCGAGAGGUACGGCGACGUCGGGGACGUCUACAUCCCGCGUCACCCCUACACCAGGGAGAGCCGCGGGUUCGCAUUCGUUCGUUUCUACGACAAGCGCGACUGCGAGGACGCCAUGGAUGCGCUUGACGGCUACAUCAUGGACGGCCGGGAACUGCGGGUCCAAAUGGCGCGCUACGGUAGGCCUACCGACCCGUAUCGCCAGUCGUCCUCGUCUCGCUACGGCGCGUCGAGUCGCCGGUCCCGCUCACGAUCCCGGAGCCGCGGCCGCCGAUCUAGGAGCCGCAGGCGGUCACGGUCGAGGUCGCGCCGCCGUUCCCGGAGCCGUUCUCGGUCACGCCGACGCCGUUCAAGGUCCCGCUCCAAGAGGUCCCGAAGCCGAUCCAGGGAUCGCCGGCGAUCCAGAAGUAGGUCCAGGAAGAGCCGUAGCAGAAGUCGACGAAAGAGUCGCAGUCGUAGUAGGCGCAAGAGCCGCAGCAAGUCUAGGGACCGGAGUCUCUCCCGCCGUCGUGAGGCAAAGAGGAGUCGAUCAAAAUCGAGGGGCCGCAGCCGCUCAAAGUCGCGCGGUCGUAGUGUGUCAAAGCAUCGUAGUCGCUCAAAGUCGAAGGACCGCAGUCGAAGCCGACACCGCAGCCGCUCAAAGACCAAGGAGCGAAGCCUGAGCAAGCACCGCAGCCGCUCAAAGUCCAAGGAGCACAGUAGAAGCAAGAGACGUAGCCAGUCCAAGUCAAAGGAGCGGAGCCGAAGCAAGCAUCGAAGCCGAUCAGAGUCCAAGGAAAGGAGCCGGAGCAAGUCUCACAGAAGCCGGAGCCGAAGCCGCAAGGAGAGCGAGCCGCGGGAUCAGAGCCACAGUCCAUCGGUGAACGGAGACUCCCGCAUGCGGAGUGCAUCGCGCAGCCCACGAGAGAAGGAGGCCCGAGAGGACUCGCGUUCACGGUCACGCAGUCCACGGCAGAGUGGCAGCCCCGCACCGGGAGAGUCCGAUGGGGCAGUCAGGGAGAAGUCCAGAAGCAGGGACCGGUCACGGUCCAAAUCGCAGGACUCCAACUGAGGCACGUGAGAGUCCUCGCAGUCUGUUGAGGGUAUUGCACCCAAGCCAGGGUGUUCAUUGGAACAUUGUUUAUUCUUUCAUUUCAUGUGUUGUGUGCACCUUUUGUAAAAAGAUGUACUUGUUCCAGCAACUUUCUCUGGACGAGGAUUUCCAUCCCCCGUUAGCGGUAGUUGACAUAAAUCCAUGCAGUUUUCUGUAGCUUUGUGGGAGGCUUGAUUGGCAGUUUCCAGUUGAUGUAAGAUUGGUCUUUUCACACCUAAUGUGCGGAUGGCUUCUCAUUUUAGCGUUAUGCAUUGGCUGUGCAGCGUGCAGGACUGAGCCGAAAACUAAGAAGAAACUCCCGAGAGAUUUGUCAUCUUGGCUUUGUCACAUAAUGCUGUAAAUGAAACCACUUCUUUAAUUACCAUUGUUUUCUGAUUAAAACCUGCUUGUGUGUUUCACAUUAUUGUUUUAAUCAUUUUAAAAAAUGGCUUAACUAUAUACCUCUUUUGAGCAGUGUGAGGUUCAGCACUGUUACUGCACUUUUUUCCUUCUGCAUUGUGUAGUUGGUACUCCAGAGUGUUCAUUACGUCUGGGCUCAAGCACAGCCCAGAAUUUCACCCGUCACAACAUUUUUGACUUGUUGCAGUUUCAGAAGGCACUGUAUGGUGCCAAGGUUUUUGUCACAGUUGCGUUGCUUCUACCUCUCAUUCUGUGUUGUAUUGCCGACAGUGUUUAACGCUGAAAUGUAAUGGCACGUGUGUCGUGUUCCUCUUCCAAUCUUUGUCAUAAACUUGACGAGGGCUAAUGAGGCACAAAAUGCCACAAUGGCUUAUGGUCCCCUUUCACAUUGUAGUAUUCAUGCAGCCUGAUCUUGGAAGUUGGUUGUGUAAAGGGCUUCAUUGUUAAGAGAGCCAUGUAUAAAUAGUUCUUCAGGCUUAAAAGUUUAUUCUUUUAUGUGACCUUUUCAGACGGAAAUUGGAUGUUGUAGUUUUUUCUUUACCACAGCAGGAUGCAGUACUUGCCUGUUUAAUCUUUAAUAAAUGUUUAGUGCACAUUGAUGUCUGCAGCAGUUCUGGACAAAUGGCGUUUUUCCGGCUACAGAAACAGAGGCAUAGUCUCAUCGGAGAGGUAGACAGCUCUGCAAUGCACUGUCUGCAACAGCUAUUACGCUCUUCUAGCACUGUGCAACCAUUCCUCACGCUGGAAAAAAAAUGACAUUUCCAACCUUCCAUAACUAGAUUCUACAUCCACAGACAAGCAGGAUAUGCUGUUGAAAACUAGCCGCAACAUCCAGGAGACGGCAGAGCACAUUAGCCGGAGGAUCCAUUUAUGCAGGGCUCUCUGUCGACGCAACAUUACAAAAGUGCACAAAUGCAGUUGAUGUAUCGCUCCUAUCGGCCGAUGUAAGUAAAUGUAGCCUGCGGUGAUGCAGGCCCACUGCCCUGUAUGAAAUUGUGCAUUGGGUUGUUCGGGACGUGCUUUCCCCCGCUGGGGCAAAGGAGCGCCUCUUGGCUGACUCGUGUUGUGGUUGUGCCCCCUGUCAUGCCUGCAGGCGCUGUGAGCUGCAGGAGCUGUGAGGGUGUUGGUAAGGCGGUGCUUGAUCGUACGCUGCGUUGGUGCUGCUGCCGUGGCUGGUUGCAGCCUGUGCCGAGUUCGGGCGGAGAUGUGCUGUCGGGCUACACGUCGUGUUUGCGAUCCUCCUUUUCUCUUUUUUUUUUUCCUCCUCCACCUUCUUCGUUCUCCUGCAGACCCCUGCCCUGUUCUCUCAGACCCCGACAAAACGCUGGUUUCUGUGGCUUGUUUUGACAGUGGCUCGUGGCCAUGGCAAGAAUGUGCAGACUUGAGGAACUCUGGACAAGUAGUAGCGUAGUCUCUAUUUUUGCAUAGCUUGCAUACAAAAUUGGGCUGCUGCCUUGGAAUAGACGAGUACGUCUGAGGUUACGGUGCACUGAAGUGCAAGUUGUAUGUGACGUAUAGUAGCAGGGCAAAAAGCUGUUUGACGAUUGGAAGAAAAGCAGGUUAUUGUUACUAAGAUGAGCUAGUUUUGUGUUCAUAUUUUUUUUAAUGAAAGUGGAAGUCUGGUUUGGUUUAGGGCAGGCUUAAGAUAGUAUAGACUUACAUUAUUGGAGCCUACUCAGCAUCUUGGAUGAAAUACUGGCACAAACGGCAAGAAACGACAGGUUAUUGGAAAAGCGGGUUUACCUUAAAAGUAAUGUAGCUCAGCUUAUUAGGCAUAUAACAAUGACUUUUUUUUUUUAAGUUACGCUGCUAGUUAUAACAAACGAGGUCACUUGUAGCCUUCCUGGCUUUCGCCACUGAAACUUCGGCGAAGUGUUCCAGUUUGCGGCCGGCAGAAGGCGGCACUUGCAGACUGCUGGUGUGGACGGAGCGUCCCGUGGUUGCUGUCCAGCCAGCGUAAGUACAGCGGGCUCGGGGGGGCCGGGGGUUACGCAUCGGCCACUCCCAAAUUGGAAAUUGACCGAGUCUCGCCAACAGGCCGGGCUUGCCGUGGUGCGGUGCGGGAGCGUUGGUUGGCUCGUGCCUGCUGUUGGAGUUGCGGCGGCGGUUGAGCGUGCCUGCUGCGCAGUUGUCCGUGCGGGUGCCCGCGGUGGGGGACGCAGGCCCGGUUUUUGGUUUGUUUCAUUCCACACGUUUCUCCAGUGCAGUUAAAGUAUGCAAGUUUUUUUCUUCCUUCAGAGCGUACAUAGGCAGUAUGUGCUGUCUUGCACGCUGCUGGCGAUGUAUCGCGACUAGCAUUGCACGAGGCAUGUGCAGUAGUAGCUGUAGUUUGUGACUGCGGUUCUUGGUAUCCAAUAAAGCUGUAGAAAAAGCGUA